GAGCAGGCAGCAUGCCUGUGCAGCCUCGAGAACGCAGCGUCCGCGGGCAAACUGAGUGAAUUUAGUGAUUGUAGUUUCGACUAUUAUCACAAACUAUCGAACCCGUCGAGCAUUUGCAGCAAUAAGCCACCAAAAGCCCACCCACAGCUGUCCAAGCACAAGCACUGCCGAAAGCCGAACAUCGGGAUGGUAGUACUCUGGGCCCAAGACGGCGUCGACGGCGCGGCAGGCCCCACCGGCUUCGCUCAGAGCCGCCGCUCGGAUGACGAAGACACUAGCGACGCCGAUUCCCUCUCACAAUCGGAAGGCGGCGCGCUGGACGCGCCGCUGCUGCCAGAAAACCCCGAUGAGGACGAGGCCGACGCCACGGCCCGGCGCGAGGCGCUGCGCGCGUGCUGCGCGCGCGGCCUGAUGUUGGUCAAAUGCUUGGCGGCCUACCUCCUCGUCGUCUCUAUCGGCGCGGGCGUGCUGGCGUCGAUCGCGGAAUGGGUCGUCGUCGCGGCGCGCCGGGCCCGCGGCACGGACGACGACGACACGCACGAGUGGUGGAGCUGCCUCUGCGAGCAGUCCGUCGCGGCGCAUUGGGUCGACAGCUCGCAGCCCGAGAAGAUUCCCGUCGUCCUCUCGGCGACGUUACUGCAGAGUAUUAUCCUCGCGUCUGCCAGCUUGCUCGUGGCGCAUCGCGCCUGCGUUCGCAUGGAAUGGCUCGGCUCGGCGGUGGUCAACGUGCUGUUCCUCACUCUCGCUAUUCUUUUGCCACCGGCAGCCUCCGGUUGGCCUGCACCCACCGCGAUAUCCUCCAGCCUGGCGACGCUGGCUUCCUGGGCAUUCCGCCCCUUCGGUGAUGACGGCUGCAAAAGUUCGCGGCGGUUCGCCCGGUGGUGCGUCGGCGUCGCGGCCGCGGCGCUCGCGACGAACGCUGGCGUUUUAAUCUUCCUCGUGUGGGCCGAGCGCCUGCGCCGCCGCGCCGCCGCCGCCGGGGAGAAGCGGAGCAAACCAAGGGCCGUCGUCGCGCUGGGCGGCCUGGCCCUCGUGGGCUACGCCGUAGCGGCCCUCGCGCGGCUGGGCGUCUCGGUCCUCGCGCAGCGGUCCUUCGACGCGUUCUUCUUCGAUCGCUGGAGCGUCGUGGCCUAUGUGGCCGGUCAGCCCGGCUUCCAGCUCGCCGGCGCGACGGCGUUCGCCUCGGUUGCGAUGGCGGUACGUGGCGUCGCGACCGGGGACCGCGCGCACCUGCGGGUCGCCGCGCUGCUCGGCGCCGUGGCGCUGUAUAUCAAUCUGCCCGCAUUCGUCGCGACCUGUGUGGAAAUCAACCAGUGUGUCGGGUGCGGAGGACGCACGCGCCGUAAAAUUUUGAUUUCCACACAGAUCGCGACUGCCGACGCGGCGCGGCGCCGCGGCCUCUGGCUCGGCGGCACAAAUCAUUGCGUGGCCGACUACCUCGCGCGGCGCGACGCCUCGGACAUGUACGGGCGGCCGUCGCCGGCCCGCGCGCCGCCUCUGUGUCGCUACAUCAUCACGGAGAUCUGGGGGACCGCGCUCCAUUUGCUCUUCUUGCUGCUUGCGACCAUUGCGGCGGCGGCGGCCGUCCGCGGCGACGGCGCGGUGGCUGCGUAAGCUUUUUUUGUGUGUUUCGAGCGUGAGGAACACCCGUCGUGAACCUCGGCAUGUAUUCU